AUGGCCAAUAAAGUGGAAUUAAAGGUACUAAUUCGUGAUGAGAAAGAGAAGCAAAAGGCAAUGAAGACAGUUUCUAGCUUUUAUGGGAUUGAGUUUCUUGCUAUAGACAUGAAGGAGAAGAGGCUAACAGUAAAGGGAGAUGUUGACCCAGUUUUAAUAGUGGCCAAAUUAAGGAAAUAUUUUCAUACAGAGCUGCUAACUAUGAGUCCAGCCGAAGAGCCUGCAAAGGAAAAGGAAAAGGAAAACAAAAGUGGAGAUGAUGGUGAGAAAACUGAUGGGGCCAAAGAAAGUGAAAUAAUUGACGAGCUCCUCGAGCUACGAAAGUAUUAUCCUCAAAGCGUGCAGUAUCAUCAUGUUUACUGCACAGAGGAGAACCCGGGUUUUUGUGUUAUUUGUUAG